CACAAAUGGAACUGAAUGCAAGCGAAGAGGGGUUCAACCUCUCAGCCCAGAAGUCUAUCUUUCUGAGGAUAAAUAAGAGCCCUGAUGAGUUAUCUCUUGAUAAGCAAACCCAAGAGUUUGUAGUGAAGUUAAUACCCCAAUGAACAGAGUCGAUGCAGGCUUUUAUCAGCCAUAUCUGAGAAGAGAUUGAUAUCAAGAGAAAGUUCAUGGAAGCUGUCAGGAAGGAAAAGAAGAAGGCAAUUGAGUCAGAAACUUUUCCAACCUUAACUAAAUAAUCAGCUUAGGUUGUUCAAGAUGGCUCUCGGCAAGGACUGGCUCCCAACCCCUGAUUUACUGAGCAGCUUUAGAGUAUUCUCCCAUGAAGGAAUUGAAAUCCAUGAAGAAGAUCUUUUUUAUAUUCGAUCCAAUGAUAUAUUGUAUUUGGAACUUAACAAGAAUGAGUUCAACUACGGCCAAAUUCUGGAUCAGUUCAAAAUCCUAAAGAAAACAGGCCAAGGAGGAUUUGGCAAGGUCUACAAAAUUGAAGAUAGGCAUUCUGGGAAAAUUUACGCUAUGAAAACGAUUAAGACGGAGACUUACUUUAACAGGGCUGAUAAAAUUGAAAAUCUCUUCAGGGAGCAAUAAAAAUGUUGAAGCAACUAAACCACAGGAAUAUAAUCAAGC